AUGAUUUUGCAUUUCCGGGGGGGAGAACUGUUUGUAAACUAAACAGUUCUCUCCCCUGUCAGCUCCUGUACACUGCUUUGCAUGGCUGUGCAUAGCGCAACCAUGCAAAGCAGUGUGCUUACAGUGAAGCACAAACACACAGCCCCACAGUAAAACACACACAGCACACAUUUAACCCUUUCAUCCCCCCACAUGUUAACCCCUUCCUGUCCAGUGCCAUUAGUACAGUGUCAGUGCUUUUUAUUAGCACUGAUCACUGCACUGGUGUCACUGGGAAUGUCAGUGACACCAAGUAAUUCCCCCCCCCCCCCCAGUGUCAAAAUGCUCGUUGCAGUCCCGCUAUAA